CCUUUAUUGUAACUGUUUCUGAAGAGUCCCAGGGAGGGUGUGGGGUUGGAGACCCUCUCUUUUUUCAUCUUGACCUUCCAUUCCAGAACUUCUGGGCUGACUGGCUGACAUAAAAGAGCCCCCAUCCUCAAGGAACAAAGAUGAAGGCUCCUGUAACCCAUUUUACCCCAUUAACUCACCUGCCAUUUGCCCAGUGUCCAGUAGAGGAGUUGGGGGAUAUGUGAUAGUGCAAGAAAAUUCUGCUCAUACAGAGAAGGAGCAGCUGAUGAGCCAAGAAUAUGAGGACAGCUACGGCUGUGCCUCUUCCCCGCUCGCUUCCUUUCCAGGAAGAGCUGGAGGAUGGGGAAUUCCUGAGCAUGGGCCGAGGGGCCUGUCUCCGAGAGGAAGUGGUGGGAAUAUCAGGGACUGACUAUAUCUUGGUCACCUAAGUUUCACUAAAUAGCCUUCCCAGGAAGAGGUCUUCAGGUUAUGGGACUAGGGCACCAGCCCAGGAGGAGAAACUGAGGCAGACCUCCCCUCCCAAGAGGGUCAUUGCAACAUGAGACCCAAGAGAGCUACACAGGCAGCCUCAGCCCCUCCUACUGUUCCUAGGUGCUAAUCCCUGCACAGACCACUGGAAAGAGGAUUGGCUGAGUGGCUUGGAGAGGGGGCGUCGCCACUACCUUCCCCAAGGGUUAAAUAGGGGUGCAGACAAGAUGCUCGGAAGUGCUGUAUUUCCCAGAACCAGACCAUGACCCAGACCCUCAAGCUCGCCUCCAGGGUGUUGCAUCGUGCCCGCUGUGUUUUUGAGCUGGGCGCCUCACUGGGCUCCAGAGGCUCCGGCUCAGCGCCUCGGGGCUUGGCAGACAUCCCAGGCCCCUCCACGCCGGGUUUUCUGGCCGAACUUUUCUGCAAGGGAGGGCUGUCGCGCCUACACGAGCUGCAGGUGCAGGGCGCUGCGCGCUUCGGUCCUGUGUGGUUGGCCAGCUUCGGGAAGGUGCGCACGGUGUACGUGGCGGCCCCUACACUCAUCGAGCAGCUGCUGCGACAGGAGGGGCCCAGGCCCGAGCGCUGCAGCUUCUCACCGUGGGCUGAGCACCGGCGCCAGCGCCAGCGGGCUUGCGGACUGCUCACAGCGGAAGGCGAAGAAUGGCAGAGGCUCCGCAGCCUCCUGGCCCCGCUCCUCCUUCGGCCUCAAGCAGCUGCCCGCUAUGCCAGGACCCUGGACAACGUGGUCCUUGACCUGGUGCGGCGACUGCGGCGCCAACGGGGACGUGAUACUGGGUCGCCCGCCCUGGUUCGCGAUGUAGCCGGAGAGUUUUACAAGUUUGGACUAGAAGGCAUAGCAGCUGUGCUGCUGGGUUCGCGCCUGGGCUGCCUGGAGACAGAAGUGCCUCCAGACACCGAGACCUUCAUCCGGGCAGUGGGAUCUGUGUUUGUGUCCACGCUGUUGACCAUGGCGAUGCCCAACUGGCUGCACCGCCUGGUGCCGGGACCCUGGGGCCGCCUCUGCCAAGACUGGGACCAGAUGUUUGCAUUUGCCCAGAAGCACGUGGAGCGGCGAGAGGCCGAGGUAGCCAUGAGGAGCCAGGGAAGGCCUGAGGAGGACAUGGAAUCGGGGGCGCACCUGACCUACUUCCUGUUUCAGGAAGAGUUGCCUGCCCCGUCCAUCCUGGGGAAUGUGACGGAGCUGCUACUGGCCGGAGUGGACACGGUGUCCAACACGCUCUCCUGGGCUUUAUAUGAACUCUCUCGGCACCCCGAAGUCCAGACGGCUCUCCACUCCGAGAUCACAGCUGCCUUGGCCAGGGGGUCCAAUGCCCACUCCUCAGCCACUGUUCUGUCCCAGCUGCCCCUGCUGAAGGCUGUCCUCAAGGAAGUGCUAAGACUGUACCCCGUAGUACCUGGAAAUUCCCGUGUUCCAGAUAAAGACAUUCGUGUAGGUGAUUAUAUCAUCCCCAGAAAUACGCUGGUCACUCUGUGUCACUAUGCCACUUCAAGGGACCCUGCCCAGUUCCCAGAUCCAAAUACUUUUCGCCCAGCGCGCUGGCUGGGGGAGGGUCCAGCCCCCCACCCAUUUGCCUGUCUUCCCUUUGGCUUCGGCAAGCGCAGCUGCAUGGGGAGACGCCUGGCAGAACUUGAGCUGCAAAUGGCUUUGGCCCAGAUUUUGACCCACUUUGAGGUACAGCCUGAGCCAGGCGCUGCCCCAAUCAGACCCAUGACCCGGACUGUCCUAGUACCUGAGAGGAGCAUCAACCUACAGUUUGUGGACAGAUAGUCCUGGGGAAGGAGGCUGUUACCUUUUCUCUCAUCAUAGGGGUUUAUUAGGCACAAGACCAAGAGAUGUGUAUUUCCCCUGAGACCUGUCUAUCUCAUCACACUAGUCAGAAUGAUCAUAGCAAAGGGUUUGAGGCAGUCCUGGCCAAGGUGUGAAGUAUGCAUUUGGCCUGACCCAGCAGGCCCGGAGAAAACCACACUCCCUCUGCUGCUCAGCCCUUUUCCUGAUCAUAUCAUAUGCAUCCUUCAAGGGCCAGCUCAGACUUUUAACUAAUAAUGCUGGGUGACCUGAGGACGAAUUCCACCACUGCCCUUCGGGGGCUCCACAGUGUUCACAGAUGCUGCUGACUAGCUCUUUACAUGACAUGAGCUAAGUAAUUGUGCAUCUGGUCUGCACCUGGUUGGUCUUCCUUGCAUGUGAGCUCUUUGAGAGGAAGGAUGAGGCCUUAUUCAGUGUUUAUACCCCUGCCAGGGCCUGUCCCUGGGUGACACGCAAAAUCUCAGAUUGAAUCUGGACCAUGUGGCAGAAGCGGGGAGCAGCUUACCAGGCUCUGCCUACCCCAUUCCUUCCUCACCUUGCCUCUAGAAGGGUGAAUCUGCCUUUGCCUGGUUUAUGAUUUUUUAAAAAUGAUCCUUGCCUCUCUGGUCACUAUUGAGUUGGCUUGACUUAGUUCCCAGACAGAGACAUCUCUGCACCUUUCCUUGUAUAUGCCUUCCUUUUACAUAUUGACAUUUUUAAAUAUUCAUAGUUUUGAAAUUAAAAAAAUUUGAAUGUU